UAUGAGGACACUCAGAACUCGCUGUGUGAUCUGAGGAAGUGUUGUGAGAGGACAGAGCAGGAGAAACGCUCCAUCAACGAGGAGCUGGAACAGUGUAAAGUUAACCUCAAACUGCUGCAGGACAAGGGCAAGAAUGCCGGUUGGAGCCCCUGGAUGCCAGUUGUAGCAGUGAUGGUAGCAGUGACUGCUGCGGUGCUUUAUCCCAACUUCUCCAAGAGCACCUCCACCUGAGACCUUACCUACUACAUGUCCUCUACCACGUCUUCUUCUGGCAUCUCUACCUCUGCCCACACCAAUCCCCUGCCCAUUUUUGAUUGAUUCAUUAAUCCAUUAAUUCAUCUAUUGAUUAAUUUAUUACCUCUGGUCGGUUCCCCUACAGAAAGUCCCUCUGCUUUAAACUGUACAAAGUAUAACUGUAUAUAUAUAGAGAGAGAGAGAGAGCGAUCAAGAGAAGUAGUAUUU